CGCCACUCGGCUUUAGUUGCGCGUAGUAGAGGGAGAUUUCAUGUAUGAUAAACUUCAUACUAUGUCUGUGUGUCAUCAAUCUGUCCAUGUUACCCUAUCUGUCAACCCUAUCAUGUGCUGCGAAGACAAUGAUAUGGGAGCCUAUACCAGAUUGUGAGAUACUUCCCAGAAAGCCAACGAGAUGUCAGUCAAAAAACCAAGCAUCUCAGCCAACCAAAGCUUAUCUUCUUUUGCCGGUAUGUUCCUUCCCAAACACCGAGUGAUCCAGUUAGGAGAAAGUCCAAGACAAACCAGCCAAACUCCAACCGAGACAGAAGAAAUGCCAUAUCGAAAGAGAGAAACACUCAAAAUCCUAGGGUGUGACGGCGAUACCAUAA